CGGUGGGGAGACGCUCGGGCUGGGUUGCACCACUGCGCUCCGCCUGCAGCCGUCACCUCUGGACUGCCACCUCCCUGGUGGUGGCUGUCCCAGAAGUCAGAGAGUGGGCUCGCUGCCCAGGCCGGGAGGGAAAAGAACUUCCACCUUGGAGGUUGGAGCCUUUCGCUCUUGCCAGGCGCCUGGCCCCGCUUUCUGAGUGAGGAUGGUGAGCCCCACAGCCUCCGACGUGCACCCGACCAUGGGCAUCAAGAUCGUCUCAGCCGGAGUGUCAGCCUGCUUGGCGGAUGUGAUCACCUUCCCUCUGGACACCGCCAAAGUCCGGCUACAGAUCCAAGGCGAAUUCCCAGUCUCCAGUGGUAUUAAGUAUAAAGGUGUCCUGGGAACAAUCACCACCCUGGCAAAAACCGAAGGGCCCAUGAAACUGUACAGUGGGUUGCCUGCGGGAUUGCAAAGGCAAAUAAGCUUCGCCUCUCUUAGGAUCGGCCUCUAUGAUUCUGUCCAGGAGUUCUUCACCUCAGGGAAUGAAACAACACCCAGUUUGGGAAGCAAAAUCUCAGCCGGACUUACAACUGGAGGAGUGGCAGUGUUCAUUGGGCAGCCCACCGAGGUCGUGAAGGUCAGGCUCCAAGCACAGAGCCACCUACAUGGGCUCAAACCUCGCUACACUGGGACCUACAACGCGUACAGAAUUAUAGCAACAACAGAGAGCUUCAGGAGUCUUUGGAAAGGGACUACUCCUAAUCUGUUGAGAAAUGUCAUCAUCAAUUGCACAGAGUUGGUAACAUAUGACCUGAUGAAGGGGGCUCUUGUGAGAAACAAAAUCCUAGCAGAUGAUGUCCCCUGCCACCUGCUGUCUGCUUUCGUCGCUGGAUUUUGCACCACACUUCUGUCCUCGCCGGCUGAUGUGGUGAAGACCAGAUUUAUUAACUCUCCGCCAGGGCAGUAUACCAGCGUGCCCAGAUGUGCAAUGACAAUGCUCCACCAGGAAGGGCCGUCGGCGUUUUUCAAAGGAUUUGUACCUUCCUUCCUGCGACUGGCAUCCUGGAACGUCAUUAUGUUCGUGAGCUUUGAACAGCUGAAACGAGAAUUGAUGAAGUCCAGGCAGACAGUGGACUGCGCCACGUGAUCAGCUUCCAGAAAAGCAUGUAGUACAUCAGAGGGAAUUGCUGAUUGGAUCACUAAUAAAAACAACCCCCAAAUGACCCUAUUGGUCUUAGUUCACUCUAAAAAGACAAAAAAAUUCUGGUAGACAGUUUGGGACUUUCUUUUAAAAAAAUAGGAAAGGAAAAUUUUGUAUGAUUUUUAUUGUCAAUGCUAAGAGGAAGAAAACAUUACAUUCAGUAUACACCCUGGGAAAUGUUAAUGCCCAGAUAAGUUACUGCCUUCGUUUGAUCAUUUGGGGGAUAGAGUUCUAUGAGCAAAUAUAAAGAAGUUUAACGUGUCUUAACUAUAGUGUCAACUGGUGGAAAAGGAAAAAAUAAGUGCAUUUUACAUUUAUAAAUACUUAAAGAUGAAGUUAUCACAGAAAAUUUUACUGCUUUAUUUAUUAACCACAGUUGUCAGUUAAUAUAUUCAAUAAAGUAUUGCUAAUA